AUGAGGAAGAUUUCUUACUUCUACGAUCAAGAGAUUGGAAAUUACAAAUACGCACCAGGUCAUCCUAUGAAACCUCAUAGAAUUCGUCUUACACACUCUCUUAUAAUGAACUACUCUGUGUUCAAGAGGCUGAAUGUUUAUUCGCCUGUUGCUGCAUCAUUUGAAGAUCUGACAAGAUUCCACUCAGAUGACUACAUUGAGUUCUUGCAGGGCAUUAGAAAAGAGAAUGCAGAUGCCAAGGAGAAGGAGCUGUCAAAGUACAAUAUGAUAGAAGAUUGUCCUGUUUUCGAGGGGGUGUAUGAAUACUGCCAGAAGAGUGCAGGGGGUUCAAUACAGGGUGCAGCCCACAUAAAUGAAGGGGUUUCAGAUGUUUCAAUUAAUUGGUCUGGUGGGCUACACCAUGCAAAGAGAAGGGAGGCCUCUGGGUUUUGUUAUGUGAAUGACAUUGUUUUAGGUAUUUUAGAGCUACUUCGGUAUAAUGAAAGGGUUAUGUACAUUGACAUAGAUGUGCACCACGGUGAUGGCGUAGAAGAAGCAUUCUAUUGCAGUGACCGAGUUAUGACUAUUUCCUUUCACAUGCAUGGAGAAUUCUUCCCUGGUACUGGCGCAGUAACAGAUGUUGGAAUUGAGAAAGGGCGUGGGUACAGCAUAAACAUUCCAUUGAAUUCUGGAAUUGAUGACAACACAUACCUUUCCAUAUUUAAACCAGUGGUGGGCGCAGCUGUUGAAAAGUUCAGACCAAAUGUUAUAGUCUUACAGUGCGGUGCCGAUUCUCUGGCGGGUGACCGAUUAGGGUGUUUUAAUUUAACGCACAAAGGCCACGGUGGCUGUGUUGAGUUUGUAAAGUCAUUGAAUAUUCCAAUUCUUGUUCUUGGUGGCGGAGGGUACACUAUUUCAAACGUAUCAAGGGCGUGGGCAUAUGAAACCGCCAUAUUAGCAGAUGUGGAUGUAGCAACAGAGCUGCCGUAUACGGAGUAUUUUGACCACUACCACCCUAAUUACACUUUAGAAAUACUUCCCAUGGCUAUGGAUAACCAGAACACAAAGCAGUAUAUAGAAAAAAUAUACGAAGAGGUUCUGGAAAACAUUAAAGGAAUUGAAGGCCGCCCUUCUGUACAAAACCUGCAAACAAUGAAAUCUCUCAUGACGGAGACAGCUGAUGAAACAAAUGAAGAGAUGUGGAGUAGGCUAAGAGAGCGUAGAAUUUUCAAAGAAAAGGACGUAGAUGAGUCAGAGCACUUUAUAGAGUACUCUUUUGAAGAUGAAACGAUCCGCUCAUCUUAGUCUUGUUUAAAUAUAAGUCAUUC